CUGAAUGGGUAAAGAAAGCCUGGAACCAAGUUGACUCUCACCUUAUUAUGCAAUCCUUCAAGUGUUGUGGCAUUUUCACUGCCUCAGAUAGUUCUAAAAAGAGUGUUAUGUUUGAUUACAAUUGGGUAAAUAAUUCAGAAUCUCAAAGUAAAAAUAGUGAUUAUAUAUAUUCUAAUGUGAAUAGUGCAAGUGAUAAUAAAAGUAUCAUUGACCUGACUUAA